UAUUCUUUCGUACCACCGACGCGUAAGCGAGAGAGAGUGGAGGGUAAAAAACGGAAGAAAACUCUCGAAUUGUGAGCCAUAAAAAUAGGGGGUCCAAGAUCCGGCGAUUGCCAUGACCAUUUCUUUUUCCCUCGCCGCCUCUGUUGCUCUCCACGACAACUACCACCGCAUCCAUCUCCCACCUGUUCCUCUUCCCUUGCCGUCCCGUCCAUCUCCUCCGUCUUCUGUUUCUUGGUCGCGGCGCUUGACUAUCGUGCGCUUCACCUGUGGCUUCUCAGAUAUGGACAACAAUGCUAGUUCAAGUCUGUUCCCUUUGCACCGCUGCAAAACUCUACACCUGGUUAGGCACGCACAGGGAAUUCAUAAUGUGGAAGGUGAGAAAGACUAUAAGGCAUACUUAUCAACAGAACUUUUUGAUGCUCACCUUACUCCUUUAGGAUGGGAUCAGGUUGAUAAUUUGCGCAAGCAUGUCCAUGCAUGUGGGCUUGCUAGGAAGAUCGAUUUGGUUAUCACUUCCCCAUUGCUAAGGACAAUGCAAACUGCUGCAGGGGUGUUCGGAGGGGAGAGCUAUGCUGAUGGUGUAAGUGCGCCACCACUAAUGGUUGCAAAUGCUGGGAAUAGUCGCCGUCCUGCAAUUUCAAGUUUGAAUUGUCCACCUUUGAUGGCAGUGGAAUAUUGUCGAGAACACUUGGGAGUACACCCAUGUGAUAAGAGAAGAAGUAUAAGCGAGUAUCGCCAUCUUUUUCCUGCAAUUGAUUUUUCUUUGAUAGAAAAUAAUGAAGACAUUCUUUGGAAAGCUGAUAUAAGAGAGGCAAAUGAAGAGGUUGCUGCUAGGGGAAUGAAAUUUAUUAACUGGUUGUGGACACGAAAAGAGAAGGAGAUAGCUAUUGUUACGCAUAGUGGAUUUUUGUUCCAUACCUUGAAUAUGUUUGGGAAUGAUUGUCAUCCUGUCAUUAAAAAGGAAAUCAGCAAGCAGGGUUAUCACGGGAUCAGGGUGAGCUCAAAUCAAGUUCUGCCUGGGCUUGAACCAAUAACAAAGGCAUCAAGCCUCAGCUCAGUCCCAAUUCAAAUGAGCCUGCAAGCAUUAAACUAGUAAUGACUUGUUCAAACAUUGUCGAAGCUUGGGCUUGGAGAGGGCUUGGAGAUGGUUUGGCUUACAAGAACUAAGCAUCAAAAACAUAGAGGAAUCUCAGAGGAAGGGAAGGAGUCUGAAACUAUGAAUAAACAACGCAAUGUCAGAUCCUAAAUUAUAUCUAACCAACAAACUGCAAUUUUUUUGUAAACCUUGAAACCUAGAUUUUGAAAUUUUAAAGUACAUGAAACAAGGAAAAAAUAGGACAUAUUUGUUUCUUCUGGAAGUAAUUUCAUAAAUACAAAGGUGAUGAUAAGGUAACUUAGCAUUAUCUAGAUACUUGGCACAGAUGCUAGUGUCCAAUUAUUAUGGGUGUAUCUGAUGCUUUGACCUCAAAAGUCAAAUUAUGCAGGCCUAAGGAAACUUCUACAGUAUUAGAAUGUUAAAAAAUAACAUAUAAAUAAUCAACGCACAAGGACAAUUAUACUUUAUUGAUACUGUUCAUAAAUAAAAUUGGUCUUUUGUCACAUAAUAUCAAAGAAAGAAAAGUUGAUACUUGACUGGAAAAGGCAAUAAUCAACUGGAAGCGUCUAAACACUUUAUUCUAAUAUUAUUAGGCACUUGCAAUUGUAAAGCACUAAAUGCUAUCACUUGCAUUGGAGUGUUCUCUGAUAUGACUUGACAGAAAACCCUGUCAAAUGCCAACUCUUCUGGCUGCAUGGGCAGAAUAUUAUGUGUGGAGCAUCAAUAAGCAUGUAGUGCUUUUCUCUGAGUGUCCAGCUGCUGGAAAUUCCAGCACUAUAGAAUUCAAAAAAUUGAAAGUGCCCAGGCAACAUUUUCCACUGUUUCUGUGAUUAAAUGUAUAUAGAGAGGAGCGUUGCCAAUCGGCAAACCUAGUCCCAAGAGCCGAAGCAAAGAUAAAGAAAUCUGAAAAGAAAGCAGGGUAAAGGUUUGGCAUGAGUUUUUUUUUCCUUCUAGGGCAAAGCAGAAUAGGGUGGGUUAAUACUCAACAGGGAAUCUAUUCUAUAAAGCAAUCUCAGCUUGUGGUUUUAAGCAAAUGGCCAGGUCAUUUCCCAUAUAUUUGGGUAUUUUGGCCUGAAUUUAUGGCAGAAAGUAGUCAAAAACUAAGCUCAAGCUUAGCCCAAACUUGUUCCCCGGAUUUUCUGGUUAGGCCUGGACCCAUCCUGCAAGCCCCUAAACUGAGCCGGAGCAUGGUUUCUAUGGAUUAUUGUCUUGGGGUCAAUCACCUUAGCUGGCUUUAGUCUGCCUAGAUAUUUAAACAUCUCUGUAACAAUUUAAGUGGCCUGUUAAUUCACAAUCUGCUUAUAUGUAAAGCUUUAUGUGAGUGCUAUUUUAAGAUCUCUUAUAGAUGUAUAUGAUUAGGACCAGCAGGUUGUAUUUCCAGUUUACUUUUAAUUUGCUUCCCUCUAAGAUAUUACAUAUAAAUCAUGUUCUUCCUUUUAUUGUUCAUCACAUCACAAGAGUUUUACUACAUCUUUAUCUCUACACAUGUGAUUUAAAGGUUGGUUGCAGUAUGCUCGCAGCCAGGGACCACAAUGAUUACUCGUUGGGUGGACAUAGUAAUAGAUUGUAUCAAAAAUUAAAAAUAAUUUAAAUUCAUAUAACGAAUUAGAAAAUUAAAACUAAAUGACAAGAAAUUAAAGGAAGCAAAGGAGUUUUGCAAUUAUUUUAGGAUACUUGUAAUGCAAACCAGUAAAGAUUUAUUUUGCCUACAAAUUAUACAACUAUAGAAAUUGAUUGUUUUAAAAACCACACUAAAUGACACAAAGAAAUGCAAUAAGCAAUUUAUUAAAUGAUAAAUAAUCUAAGAAUUACUAAAACAAGAAGUUGCAUCUUAUGUGACUAUCCUAACAUGAUCAAUACUCUGACUUGUUCAACCCAAUGUUUGUCGAACCGGUACUGAGACCCGUACUGGUUCGAAUUGAGUCGAACCAAACGGAACUGUCCGGUUCCAUCUGAUGCUGGCCGAUUCCGGCCGGUUCCGGCUAGAGCCAAUUAGGUUCAACCUUCUAGGGGCCGGAACUGUUUUCUAUUGUCGAACCGACCUGGUCAGAGAUUGGGUCGGCUUAGUUCGGGCUGAACCGGCCAGUUCGGCUCGGUUCAACUUUUCUUGGUUCAACCUAAUAUCCUUGCUUGUCCCAUAACAGUCCAAAAUGGCCCAGGCUACUUGGUUUUCCACUGGCAGUCAACCAUAGGCAAUGCAGGUGGCUGGCUAAGCCUAGGUAGCCGAUGCAACCACCUAUUGCCCUUAUUGAUUAAAAAAGAUCCUAAUUAGAUGUUGUUUCAAUACAUUAUUUUUAUUUAUUAUUGUGUGAUUAAAGCAUAGCAUGCAUAUAUAUAUAUGGGAUAUGUAUUGUCUACUUAGUAUACCGGGAAAUUAAUACACACUUCCUUGAAAAUCAAUGAUGGGCUAUCCAAGUUCAAGAUUUAAACCAUUCAACAUGAUCUACAAUAUUUACCAAAAUUCAUACAUUUUGGUGGUCUUUAAUCUAAUCAGCAAGUAGGUGUCAGAAUUGAUGUUAUCAAUUAUAUUAAUGUAGUAACAUACAUAAUAGGGCACAUAAAUUGAAAUCCACUUGAUGACUCAUGAUCUAUGUAUCUUAAAACAUGGAUAGAUUUAAUUUCACCAGGUCUCGAUGAUUAGAUCAUGAGAAAAAAUAGUAGUAUGCUACUAAAACCCUUCUUUCUGACAUCUACUUGAUGAUUAGGUUACAGACCACCAAAACAUAUGAGUUUUAGUUUCCAGGCCUAUUUUGUGGUGUGGAUGAUGUUCAACGAUUUGGAUCUUGAAGUUGGAUGGCCCAUCAUUGAUUUUGAAGGGGGUGUACUGAUUUUCUAGUACAUCCGAGCACACAAUAGCAUCUCUCUGUGUCUGUGUGUGUGUGUGUGUGUGUGUGUGUGUGUGUGUGUGUGUGUGUCUGUGUGUUUCUGGUGAUUAAUUGUUCAGCAACCAUUUUUACCAUCUUUGACUACCGAGAUACCCAAUUGGAAGAACGUAGCAUAUCUCUAAUCAAUGAAUAUUUUACUGAUGCUUUGCAAGGAGUGAAGGAAUUAGUACCCAGUUUAUUUGAUAGUCUAACUUAUGAUUAUCUGACUACUUAUGCAUAUUCUUAUGAGGUCAAAUAUAUUGAUUAAGUGGUCAAUAGUCCAGAAGUGGUUAUUUCACAAAAUUAUCUCUAGUGGAAAAGGAAAGUUGUUUGACUUCACGUGAACCAAGUUUCUGCUGACCAUGCUCAGCAGCAGUUAUUGAUUUUUUUUU